GGAGGAGGAGCAGAAAAGACUCUUGUGAAAUUCCCUCAAGUUGUGAUCUUUGAUGCGAAUAAACCUGCGCUUGGACUGGAGGGCCCUGGCGCUGCUGGGCGCCCUCCUUUCGUGUCUCAUUGCCUGGCAGGGCUGUUUGGUAUUUGCAAUGCCAAUGUCUUUAACAACGAUAUCGAACCAACACAUAAACAACAACACAAACAACACGAAGAAUACGAACAACAGCCAUUCAAAUAGUACUCGGUUUAGUAAUAGUAAUUAUCUAAAAAGUGAUCAUAGUCGUAGUCAAUUAGUGAAUGUAAAUCAAACAAAUCAAACAACAAAUCAAAGUAUUAAUGCUGAAUUUAAUCAGAGUUUAAACAUGCAAACAACUGCCAUACAAACAACAGAAGAAACAACAACGACAGAAGGAGAACUAGAAUCCACAUCACAAUCCUAUGAGCAGGAGCAAAAGCAGCAGGAUGAUGACGAUGAUCAGCAGCUGGAGCAGCCUGGGCUGGGUUUUGUCAUCUCUGCGACAGCAAGUGCCAGCGAACAUUUAGCGGUGCUUUCACGGACCGAAAGAAGCAUCCGACAUCAGCAGAGAAAACAUCAUCAUCCGGAGCAGCAUCAUCAUCUGCAGCAACAGCAGAAAUCCCAACAGUCCCCAUCAACGGCUGAUAAUAAUAAUUUCAUUGGUUCGAAAUCGAAAAGACUGAAUAACUCUAGAAAUAAUCUAAACAUAAAUAGCAGUAGCAGUAACAGUAACAGUAACAGUAACGGUAACAAUAGUCCCAUCAACAAUUUGGAUCGCAAUGAACGCUCCACUGUGGCACAAUCGCAUCUUGCAUGGACUUCACGCAAGAUUCAGUUGUACAUCAAAAAUCGCAUACUCCAGCUGCUGCGCGACGGCACUGUCAAUGGCACACAGGACGAACAGAGUGAAUACACGAUUCUCCAGCGCUCCACUGUGGAUGUGGGACGCAUUAAGCUGCAGAGUGUGGCCACAUGCCUGUACCUGUGCAUGGAUGCCUGUGGCUCUGUCUAUGGCUCGCUCUCCGAUUUGUUGCAGAAAGACUUUACCGACGACUGUGUCUUCAACGAGAACAUGGGCCUGCAGAACUACAACACGUACUCCUCCACCUACAACUCGAAUCCCCGCAGGGUUUACUAUUUGGCCCUGAAUCGGCACGGCGAGCCGCGUCGAACACAGAUUCCGGCCAGCCGUUCUUUGGGGAAGCUGACCACCUACACGAAUGCCAUCACGGAGACGGUGCCGCAGGAACGUGUGGAGCAGUUGAUAGCCAAGAAUUUUGGGGCAAAUCGCAUCAAGCAUGGCGUACGGCAACUCUGUGAUACUGGCAAGCCGCUGAUUGAACUGAUUGAUGCGGCAAACUUUAAGAAGCCACCAGAGUGUAGUAGUAGUAGUAGUAGUAGUAGUAGUGGUAGUGGCAGUAGCAGUAAUGGAAGUAGCACGAGUAGUAGUGGAAGCAGUGCGAGUGCUGCUACUACUGCUGGUAAUAAUGGAAGUAGCCUUACAGUUCCUGCGCCUGCGGCUAGUGCCGGCAGCCUGAUUAGUAUUAGUAACAGUAGUCAAAGCGAGAGCGGCCAUAUUAGCAGUACCAUUAGUACUAGCACUAGUAAUAGUACUAGCAAUAGUAGUAGCAAUAGCAAUAGCAAUAGCAGUAGUCCCUUACAUCCUCCUCCUGCGCAUCUGCAUCCGAAGCAGAGCAAAAAGAAGAAACUGCGCAAAUGCAAACUCCACGAAAGCGAGGAGCUUCACAAUUGCCAAAAGCGACCCGCGGGCGGUGCUGGCGCUGGCGCUGGAGCUCUGAGAAAGCGCGGCCCCAAGGCCCAGCGUUGCAAGGAGCUGCGGGAAAAGGCGGCGGCAGAGGGUGGUCCGCCACCCAACUGUGGCAAGAAGAAUGGUGCAAAAAAGAGUGCAGCUGAAGCAUCCUUGUCCCUGCCCCAGCCCAAGGCCGUCCAUCAGCGGCCACGAGCGUCAAAUGGCCAGGCAGCGGGCGGCAAAAAGAAGCCGCCAAAGGGCGGCAAGCAGCGUGCGAUGAGUGGCAAGAAGCAGCAGGCCAGAGGCGCAGCAUUGAAUAUUGGCAAGCAGCGCAAGCAACGUCCCAGCACCACCACGACUAUGGCCACCAGCCUGGUUACGCCCUCGGACAUCCACUGGGAGAGCAGCUCGCCGCUGCCGUCGAUGGCGCUGAGCGAAACCAGCGAUCGCGUGGAACGAAAUGUCCGCAUGAGCAGCAUCGAGGAGGAGCUCGACGAGGACGAGGGAUCCCUGGAGGAUGCCAGCUACGAGGAUGCCACAUCCGAGGCACAUGCGCGCAGUGGCAGCGCCGCAGCAGCCAGCGAUGAUUCGCUGUACUACGAUUUCGGACCAUUGUCCCCCCAGCGAUGAUCCCCAGACACACACACAUGAUGAAUAUCAAAAUGUAUUACGACGGAGUCUCGAGUAUUUUAUAAGAACGCCCCAAAACAUUGGAUUAGAAUUACCAUCGAAAUGUAUGAUUAAAAUGUAACGCCAAUCCGACAACAACACAGAACAGAUAUGUAUUGCAUAUGUACAUAUAAUCGCAGGCCAUAACACUAGUUCUAAUAAAAAAAGUCUAUUGAACAACUUGAGUCUCUCGAAGAUCGACGAAAAAAUACUCAAAAAUACGACCACAUUGGCCACAACGAUAAAUUGCAAAGAGUGCGCCCUAAAACCAUUUUAAUCGUUGGUAGUCGAUGUUAUCGAAGCGCAGAACAUUUCGAAUAUAUUGAGGAGAACCUUCUUGUACAUAGAAACACACACGGUUUUAUACCUUAAGUUUUAGUAAGAGAAAAACGAUUAAACAGAAAAACUCACAAAUCACGUGAAAUGUAUUUUUAUUUAUAAACAUUUUGAGCAGAACGAACUAAUAUGUAUGUAAUUUAUAUUUAUUUUCGAAUCGAUCGAUCGGCCAGAGAUAAGCGCGAAAUUAUAGUCCGUAGUUCUCUGUAUAAUUGAGUUAUUUAUUUUUUGCAAAUACUAUUUAUUUAUAGACUACUAGAUUAAGUUUCCUUAGCACUAACAGAUCUUUGUUAUACUUAAAAAACGUUUCCAUCUAAGUGAGUAGAACGAGAAAAGAGCAUGAGAAAGCAAAGCAAUGCAAACAAAUAACUAAACAAAAUAAAA